AUGUCGGUAAAUGAAGAGAUUCGUUGGAAUACGCUAUUUAAAAAAUUUAAUGGAUUAGAAAAAGAACUUUUGAAAAUUAUGAAAAAAACACCGCCAAGCAACGAUUACACUACAAAAAGAGUGUGUAAAUCUGGAGACAAUUUGAAACAUAAAAUGCUCAUUCCAAUUAACAAGGAACAGAAAAAGAAAAGAAAAAUGGGAAGAAAUCAAGAAACUAAUUGUAAAGAAAAAACUAUAAACAAGAGAGAUACUACGUCAGUAGAGUCAAGCGAAAUGAUAAAUAAAAAACAACAUCGAGAAAACGUUAGUGAAAACGAAACGAAACCCGAACAAAAACAAAAAGAGGUAAUUUUAGAUUGGCUCAAUUUCAUGGAACAAAAUAUGAAAGAUGAAUUAGAGAAACUACAAAAAGAAGAUAAACAUAUUGAAAACGUGGUAGUUACACAAAUCAACGCAUUUUCAAAAUUUAUGAAAGAAAUUUUGUCACGAUUGACUUCAAUUUAUUGUUCAUUAAUAACAGCUGAUACGAAAAAUUGCCAAUUUAACGGAGGAACAUUGAAAGAAAAUGAAGCAGUGCAACAUACAAAAGAAUUAUUACACAAAUUAAAAGAUACGUGUGACGAUAUGAAAAAUCUUUUCACUACAAUUACAGAGAAGACUAUAAACAACGACAUAGUAGCGGCAUUUAUAAAAGGAAUCGAAGAAACGAAAAUAAAAGAAACUAACGAAUCUGUUCAGUAUAUUCUCAACCAAAUUAUUUCUACAUAUGAGAACAUUACAGAAAAACAUGUGAAUACGAUUGAUUCUGGAAUACAGAAAAAAAUAAAUGUAGUAACAACAAACGAUAUAAAUAAAAUCACGUUUCCCAUACAAGAAGUACUCGAAAAAUUGAAAGUGGCGUACGAAAAUGUGAAAAAGACUUACAAUAAUACUAUACAAACACUAAAAAAUGAAGAAACUGAUAUAAAAAUGUGCGAAAGUGAUUUAAAAGAGAACGAAAAGAGACUUUUUAACGUGGAAAAAACUAUAAGACCAUCGAAAAUACCUAUUUAUUCACCGAAAAAUAAAUUAAAGAGUACUGAUCAUUUGAAGAAUCAAAUUUCGACGGUUUCGAAUGUUAAAAAUACGAAAAAUCAAAAAGAAAAGAUCGAGGAACAAUCUGAACAAAAAUUAGAUAAUGAAAAGUGGUUAAAACAUUAUAAUGAAAAAGUGAAUCGAGAAUUAAUAGAUAAUGUGAAAUCGAGAGAAAAUAAAAGAAGAAUUAGUGUACAGGAUGUAUUAAAACAACUCAAAAAAACUUACGAUAAAAUGAAAUUAGAGUAUAGAACAAUUUCCCGACAUUUAAUUGAAAAAAAUAUUGAAGAUGAAAUAAUAGAAAGAGGAAUAUUUUUACGAGGAUUAGAAAGAGCGAAAAAAGAAAAUGAAAUUUGUGAAAAAAAUAUAAAUAAAAGUGUUGUUGGAGAGAAAAUUGGAAUUGACCUUUUGGAUGAAAAUGGUUACGAAAAUGUGGAAAAUAUACACAAUUUGAGUACUAAAUCGAGUAAAAGUAAGAUUUUGAAAUGUUUAGAAUCGCUAAGAUUCUUGAGUCCGAAUAAAAGAAAUUAUUACAUCAAAGGAAAUCACACGCAUUUUAUGAAUAUACAAGAAGAAAUGAACAACCUAGAAACAGAUAGGAAAAAAAUUGAACAAGAAAUGAGUGAUAUAGAAGCUAAACUUUCUACUUUCAAAGUUUAUAAUGGAGAUAUUCUAUUACAAUUAAUCGAUGGGAAUAUAGCAAAUGAAUAUAUUAGUAAUGAUACGAAUACAAAUAUAAAAACACUCAACACCAAACAAACUGUAGCGAAGCACUACGCGAAACAAAGUAAAAUGAACCCCUCAAAUAAAUUAGGUACAGUUAUGUCAAAACGUAACUGUCAACGUCAAUAUAUGAAAGAAGAACAAAUACAAACAGUAGACGAUAAAGAAAGUCAAAUAGAGUUGGAUGAUUGCGUAUCGAGACCUUUAACAAGAAUAAUGAAAGAUGAAACUAAUCAAACGUUAUUAAAAAGUUAUACAAAUUAUGUUGAAGAGAUACCACGUAAAUUGUCUAAUUUUAAAACAGUAGAUAAUGAGGUUAUUACACUAAAUAACCAAGUUGUUAAAAAAGAAGAAUUUGUAAAUAUUGAACAUCAUGAUACGUUAAGAAUUGAAAGUGAACAAGAAAUUGAAGAUAAUGGAAUAAUUAGGAAAGCAGAAGAACAACUAGAUAGAAUAGAUUCACUACUAAAUAGGAGUGUUAUAAAUAAGAAUCGUAGUAUAGUGGAAGUGGCAGAAGAGCAAAUCCAACGUAUUGAAAGAUAUCUAUCGAAAUAUAGCAAUCGGUUUGAAAAAGAAGAAGAAUGUGAAGAAAUAGAUUUCGAACUUGAAAAUCAUAAGUUUGAUAACAUUCGACAAUAUAAAAGUAUGAGUGAAGAUACUUUUAUGAAAUAUCCCGAACCUUUGUCACAAAUAUGUAAUAGAAACGUAGAAGGACAAGGAUCGGGAGAUAAACCGAUUGAUUUUCAAAAAAAAUUAAAAGUUGUUAAGCUACCUAAUCAGAGCUUGUAUGACUGGCAAUCUCCAGAUGAUAAAGAACAAAUAAAAUAUACUAUAAUGCGCGCAGAACAUGGAAUUGAACAGAAAACUAAAAAUCUUUUAGAGAAUUUGGAUACGAAUGAUAGUGGAGAAUAUAUCGGGUUUCCAAAUGUAUUAAAUGAACCUAGUAAUUUCAAUCGAAUCGUGAAUAAAUUGAAAACGUAUUCGGUAACGGAAGGAAAAAAUAGUGAAUUAAAACUUGUGUUAAGAACGGAAAAAGAAACUUUCGAAGAACUUAAACAAGUGCUAUUAGAAAAAAUCGAUAGACUUGAUAAUAUUAACAGUAUUUUAAAAAGAAUCGUGGAAAAUCGGCAAAUAAAUCGUGAAGAAUGUGAAAAAGAAGAUCAGUAA